CAGUAUGUUGCAGCUGCCGCUUCACUCCGUCACUCCGGCCCUGAAACAUUUAACAGGAAUGGAUGCAGCAGGUGACAUGGAUGAAGAUGAAUAUCUGGACCCUGAUGUUCAGAUGGUCAUUCAGGAGUCCUGUCAAAAACAACAACCUUUUGCCAUUUCUGUUUGGGGGAGUGAAACUUUGAAACUUGCAAAUGUUAUUAAACAAGGGGAUAUGUUAGCUCUGCAGGAGCUCUGUGAUUCCUCAACAGCUUUUAGUCAGGCGGAUGAACAAGGCUGGUAUCCUCUACACAGAGCAGCAGUCCAGCCCCUGCUCCCCAUCCUGGAGACGGUGCUGUACGCAUCUUUCAAUCUGACGCUGGAGGAAAAGACUCUGGAGGGCGAGACCUUCCUGACUCUGGCGGUGAAAGCUGGUCUGGUGGAAAAUGUCAAGAUGUUGCUGGAGCAUGGAGCUUCUCCUCACACAGCCAAUGGGAAAAAUGAAUCCCCUCUGCUCUUAGCGGUCAGAGAGGGAUCUGUUCAGAUGACGUCCAGUCUGAUUGCUGCUGGAGCUAAAGUGGAGCAGGUGUGUCUGAAGAAGUGGACAGCUGUGCACGAGGCCUCUAGGGCCGGCUGUGUCCGCAUCAUGGAGCUGUUGCUGCAGAACGGCGGGCAGGUUGCAGAGACAGACCAGUAUGGAGUCACUCCUCUGGGCAUCGCUGCAGAAUACAGCCAUGCUGAAGUCCUGGAGGUCCUCAUCAAACACGGUGCCGACGUAAAUGCUCAGGCCCCAAAUGGCGACAGCGUUCUGUACGAUGCUGCAGGUGCAGGGAACCCCGACUGCAUCAACAUCCUGCUGCAACAUGGAGCUAAUCCCAACGUACACAGCCUGAGCUCUCAGCUGCCCAUCCACCGGGCUGCUUACGAAGGUCACUACCUGGCUUUGAGGAUUCUGAUCCCCGUCACCACUAGGAGAGCCCUGCGACUGUCCGGUCAGAGCCCCCUGCACUCGGCUGCGGACGGAGGUCACGCCCAGUGCCUGGAGCUCCUGCUGCAGAAAGGUUUUGAUGUCAACGCUCUUUUAGCCCCUCACAUGUCUGAAAACUACGGAGACAUGCGGCAGAGCUCUCUUUACUUUGCAGUCUCCAAUGGAGAUGCCACAUGUACUGACAUACUGCUGAAAAUGGGGGCCCAACCAGACCUGGACCCCCUGCACUGCCUGCUCGUGGCGGUCAGGUCCAGCCGGUACGAGAUCGUGAAGCUGCUCCUGGCGGCUGCAGCGGACGUGAACUGCUACUUCACGGUGGUCAACGACACAGUGUUCCCCACAGCGCUGCAGUACUGCCUGAAGGAUGAGGUGAUGCUCACGCUUCUGCUCAACAAUGGCUACAAUGCAGAGAAGUGUUUCUGUUGUGACCAUGACGACGGCUGGGAUCCAACGUGCUCCAAUCAGGAGGGAAAGAUUGCUUUUUGUGAUUUCAUCAGCGUCUCCUGGAUGGUGAGACUGGUGGGAAGAGUUGUGUCAAUUCUCCUCGACUAUGUUGGCCAAGUUUCUCUCUGCUGCAAGCUGAAAAGGAUGCUGAAGGAACACAGAGAGUGGCCUCAAAUCCACCAGACCACUGGCAGCCCUCGCUCUCUGGCUCACCUGAGCAGAGUGCAGAUCAGGAAGAGCAUGAGCUGCAGGACUCUGGCGUCCCUGCAUUUACCCACCAGACUGAAGGACUACCUGCUGUUUAAGGAGAAAGAUCUGUACGGAAAAAUAAUCUGCCGGGAGGACUGAGGGAACAAGACUGCUCCAGGGUCUACAGUCUUAAAAAUGGGUCAUUUGUAUAUGUGUGUAUGUUUUGCGUAUAAAAAUACUCUGAAUAAACACUUUAGAAGUGUAAUAAUUCAAAGAAAAUAAAAAAGCCACAUUUGU